AACCUCGUUCAUCUCCCCGGAGCUCCGCCCGAGGAGGAGGAGGAGGAGCUGGAAGAAGAAUGUCAUCCUCUGGCGGCGGCGCCCGCCUCGCCGAAUUCUUCUUCUGCUUCUUCUUCUUUUCCACCCUGAUUAUUCCCCAUGGCCGAAACAGAGCUCUCGCUCAGGACUACGAGGACCAGCAACAGGACGCCGGCUACCACCCCAAGGAAGAAGGCGCCUGCAACGGCGUCUUCCUGACGUACACUUUCGAAGGGAGGUCGAGAGAGUUCCCGCACGUGAAGAACGCGUCGGCGCAGGCGUACGCGUUCCGGGCGUCGGCGACGGUGCUGAACGCUAUGGCGGAGGACCUGAACACGUGGAAGAUGUUCAUCGGAUUCCAGCACGACGAGAUCCUGGUGUCGGCGUCCGGCGCCGUGAUCAUCGACGGCACCGAUUUCCCCGCGAGGGUGGGCAACGGUACCACGUUCGCAGGGUUCCCGCAGACCGACCUCCUCUCGGCGAUCGAGACCGCGGGGGACAUGAACCAGAUCAGCGUAACGGUGGACAUGACGGGGACGCAGUUCGGCGUGAAGCCGCCGGCGAUCCCCAUGCCCAAGACGAUCAAGUUGCUCAACGACGGCUUCGAUUGCCCCAACCCCACUCGAAAAGGGGGGCACAUGCACUUGUGCUGCGUGAAGAGCAAGAAGCACAAGAAGGCGGCGAGCGCCGCCGCCGCCAAGUUCCUUCCGCGCAUGUACGGCGACCUGACGAUCGCCUACGACGUGCUCCAGGCGUACCAGACCAACUACAUGGCGCAGGUGACGAUCGACGUGAACAGCCCCAUGGGCCGCCUCGACAACUGGAACCUCACCUGGGAGUGGAAGCGCGGCGAGUUCAUCUACAACCUCAAGGGCGCCUACACCCUCAAGCACGACUACUCCGACUGCAUCUACUCCGAAGCCGCCAAGUUCUACCGCGACUUCGACUUCAGCCCCGUCGCCUCCUGCGAGCGCCGCCCCACCAUCGUCGACCUCCCGCCGGAGCGCGCCAACGACCCCCAGAUCGGCCGCAUCCCCUUCUGCUGCAAGAACGGCACCCUCCUUCCCUCCACCGUCGACGCCUCCAAGUCCAAGGCCAUCUUCCAGCUGCUCGUCUACAAGUUGCCGCCGGACAACAACCGGACGGCUCUGUUUCCUCCCCAAAACUUCAAGAUCAACGGCUUCCUCAACCCGGAGUACCGGUGCGGGCCCCCGAUCCGCGUCAGCCCCAUGGAGUUCCCCGACCCCUCCGGCCUCAUGGACAAGUCCUACGCCAUGGUGAGCUGGCAGGUGGCCUGCAACAUCUCGCGGCCCAAGGCCAAGGCGGCGCAGUGCUGCGUCACCUUCUCUGCUUUCUACAACGACUCCGUCGUCCCCUGCGGCGCCUGCGCCUGCGGCUGCCCUGACGACGCGACCUGCAGCCGCCACGCGCCGUCUCUGCUCCUCCCCCCGGAGGCGCUGCUGCUGCCGCCCGAGAACCGCACGGCCAAGGCCAAGGCGUGGGCCCACAUCAAGCACUGGCGCAUGCCCAAGCAGCUGCCCUGCUGGGACAACUGCGGCCUGAGCAUCAACUGGCACCUCAUGUCCGACUACCGCACCGGCUGGACGGCGCGCAUCACCCUCUUCAACUGGCGCGACUACACCUACAAGGACUGGUUCGCCGCCAUCCGCAUCCCCAAGGCCUACAAGGGCUACGACAAGGUCUACUCCUUCAACGGCACCAAGCUGCCGCACCUCGACGACACCAUCUUCAUGCGCGGCUUGCCCUUCAUGAACUACUUGCUGCCGGAGACCGACGGCAAGACCUCCGGAGAUCCGAGAGUGCCCGGGAAGCAGCAGUCCGUCAUCUCGUUCACCAAGAAGCACACGCCGGGGAUUCAAGUCCUCCGCGGGGACGGCUUCCCGACGAGGGUGUUCUUCGACGGCGUCGAGUGCGCGAUGCCGGACACGAUCCCCAUCCGAUCGGCCGCCACCCGUGUUGGCGCCACGGCCGCAGCGGCGGCCGUGGCGGCGCUCGCCUUGAUACUCAGCUGAGGCCUCUGUUCAGUUCGAUCAAAACCAUGCAAUUGUUCUUGAAAUUUCUGUGUGUGUUUUUUUUAUAAUUCAAGUGUUCGAAUUUGAAGUAUAAAUUAUGAUUGGCUAUUAGAAUAUUCGU